AUGUCGUCGUCUACUUGCUGUGGAGGAAGCUGCGGUUGUGGCUCCGGUUGCAAAUGCCAAACCAGCUGCGGUGGCUGCAAGAUGAACGCAGACGUAGGCUACUCUGAGACCACCACCAUUUCUGGUUUCGCAACCAACAAGAGUUGCCAUGAGGGAUCAGAAAUGGGAGCUGCACCAUCCGAGAAUGAUGGUUGCAAGUGUGGUGCUAACUGCACUUGCAACCCAUGCACCUGCAAAUGA